UUGUAAAAAUGUGAAAUUCUACAUCUGUUAAAUCAACCGACAAUCUUUUACACAUGUAUAUCUUUACAAUAUUUUAAAGUUUGUUUACUAACUGUAACUGUAAAAGGCUUCUGCACUCCCAAAACCCCAAGAUGAUGGAGGUUUUCAAUCAGGCAUAUCCUAAACACCUAUAGUUGCGUGCUGUCGUGAUAGCGGAGGGCACAAACUUGUUGAUGUUGAGUUGGCAGUUUGGCUUCAAUGUGCAUAUGAGUGUUUGUCUUAAAAACUGCGCCUUAAAAGCGGGCGUCUUGAAUUUCAGCGCAUAACAACACCCAGCGGAUUGUUUUUGGUCUAUGUCGUUACCACAGAGAGGCGUCGCAACGUUACGGUCUGGGGGCGACUCAACCCACCGCGGGCAUUUAAACCAGCUUUGGUUCUAUUUGUAUUCUCUUCGUUUUGAAUUUUUGUUUUAGUGCUGGGAGGAUUAAUGCGGCCAUGACGCUAAGGAAAGUAAAUGUUGUAAUUCUCAUACUGCUGGCUGUGGCCUUCCUGAUCAUAGUUCAGCGAAACCUCCUGAACCUUAGUGACUUCUUACACAAAGAAAAUCCAGAUGCUGGACAGAUUCUUCCUUUCGAGGCCGAGCUGUCUCCAGACAUCAAGCUAAAGAUGGAGAGGAAAGGAGAGGAGAUCCCUGUUCUCAUCACUGCCACCGAGGACAGGCUUGGGGCUGUGAUCACUGCAAUGAACAGUGUGUACCAGAACAGCAAAGCCAAUGUGGUCUUCACCAUCGUAACCCCGAAUGACACAGUUGGUCAUCUAAAGGCGUGGAUGAGUAAGACAAAGUUAAAAAAUGUCAAAUAUAAAGUAGUUAUUUUCCAACCAGAGCUUCUCAAUGGGAAGAUAUCGAAAGAUCCUACAAUGCCAGAAGCUGCAAAACUAUUGUCUUUUGCCAGGUUUUAUCUGCCUGUGUACAUCCCUGAGGUAGAGAAGGCAAUCUAUCUAGAUGAUGACAUUGUUGUGCAAGGAGACAUUCAAGACCUUUAUGAAACCAACCUGAAACCAGGACACGCAGCUGCCUUCUCGGAUGACUGUGACUCAGCUUCUGCUAAGGGCAUCGUCCGAGGGGCAGGAAAUCAGAACAAUUACAUGGGUUUCCUGGACUUUAAAAAAGAAGCUAUUAAAAAGCUGGGGAUGAGGGCCAACACAUGCUCCUUUAAUCCGGGCCUCAUUAUUGCAAACCUGACAGAGUGGAAGAACCAAAACAUCACCCAGCAGCUGGAGCACUGGAUGGAGCGCAACUCUCAAGAGAAUCUGUACAGUAAUGCACUUGCUGACAGCGUUACUACCCCUCCACUUCUCAUCGUCUUUUAUAAACGUCACUCCUCCAUCGACCCAAUGUGGCAUGUCAGACACCUUGGUACUACAGGUGCUGGAAACCGCUACUCUCCCCAGUUUGUGAGAGCUGCCAAAUUGCUGCAUUGGAAUGGACAUUAUAAGCCCUGGGGGAGAACAUCCUCCUUCUCUGACGUGUGGGACCAGUGGUUCAUUCCUGACCCUACAGGGAAGUUUCAUCCUGUGCGAAGACACGCAGACUGAAGAAUUAUUCUUAGACCUUUGGACUAGUGUGGUCUGGGAUGGAGCACAGCACGGCUCCUUUCACCUCAGGAAUUAAGUGAAGCCUUUUCCUUCGCCAGCAGUCUUGUUAGUCAUCCUCUGGAUUUGUGGACCUCUUAUUCUGACAUUACCUUGAACAGACGUUUUUCCUUGCGAUGCCUUUGACUCUAUUGACAUAACUUGAGAUGCAGUUUGAAUAGUAUUGUUUUAAACUUUUGCAUACUUUUUAAG